GGGCGACCGGUCGCAGCCGCCAGUAGUCUGCCUCUGCCCCGGCCAGGUCCUGGCCAGACCCCUCGCCCACGGCACCCACGCCUCGCACCCUGCUUGCACCCCCGGGACACCCGACUCGAGCCAUGACGGCCAUCAACCUGAGCAGGAGCUGCAGCGACGCCGAGCGCCCGCCCGCCGGCGUGGCCGCCACGAGCGUCUCCGCCGAGGCCCUGCUGUCGCUGUCGCCGUCCUCGCUGCCGACCUUCGGCGUCCGCCACGUCCAGGCCCUCAUGUCCUUCCUGUCCUUCGUGCAGGCCUACGUGUUCGUCUCGUGCAUCUCGGUGGCCAUCGUGGCCAUGAAGGACGACCCGGACCUCGGGUGGAAUGACUCGGAGCAGAGCAUCGUGCUGUCGGCCUUCCUGUGGGGCUUCUGCCUGUCCCCGAUGCUGGGGGGACAGCUCGCGCGGAGGUUCGGCGCCAAGGCCGUGCUGGGCGUGUCCCUGAUGCUGUCCAGCGUGGGCUCGCUGCUGCUCCCCGCCGCGGCCACGCUGGGCGGCUGGCAGUACGCCUGCGCGGUGCGCGUGGCGCAGGGGCUGUUCCAGGGGGUGCUGGCCCCGGCCACGCACGCGCUGCUCGCCAAGUGGGUCCCGCCGCUGGAGCGCUCCAGGCUGGGCUCCUUCGUCUACGGGGGCGCGCAGUUCGGCACGGUGCUCGGCCUGCUGUGCACGGGGCUGCUGUCGGGGUCGCCGUGGGGCUGGCCCUCCGUGUUCUACGUGGCGGGCUCCACGGGGCUGCUGUGGUGCCUCUCCUGGUACCUGCUCGGCGCCGACGGCCCCGCCGUGCACCACAGCAUCCAGGAGCCGGAGCGCCUCUUCAUCGAGAAGCACACGGCCGCCAGCAGCAGCGCCACCAAGGUGGUGUCCACGCCCUGGAGGAGAAUCCUCACCUCGCUGCCCGUCUGGGGGCUGACGGCCGCGCACUGCGGGCAGAUGGUCGGCUACUGGACCCUGCUCACCUCGCUGCCCAACUACAUGAAGAACGUGCAGGGUUACGCUAUCGCGGAUAACGGCACGGUGUCGGCGCUGCCUUACUUCGCCAUGUGGCUCGCCGCGCUGCCCAUGUCGUACGUGUCGGACGCGCUCAUCAAGGCCGGCUUCCUGAGCACCACCGCCAUGCGCAAGAUCGCCAACACCAUCGCCCAGUGGGGAGGCGCCGUCACGCUCGCCGUGAUCGGCACGGGCGUGGCCGACCAGUCGCCCUUCCUGACGGUGCUGCUGCUGACGGUGUCCAUGACGCUGCUGGCCGCCAUGUACCUCGGCUUCCAGAUCAACCACCUCGACCUGUCUCCCAACCACGCGCCCGCGCUCAUGGGCUUCACCAACCUGUGGGCCAACCUGCUCUCCGUACUGGGGCCCAUCGUCACCCCGCUCAUCGUCACCGAACCGACGAACGCCUCGCAGUGGCACAUCGUGUUCCUGGGGGCCGCGGGCGUGUUCGUGGUGGCCAACGCCCUCUUCCUGCUCAUCGGCACGGCCGAGGAGCAGCCCUGGAACGAGCUGGGGCUGGAGCCGCUCGUCCCCGUCAGCCGCCUGCCCGCGCUCGCCACCAUCUCGCUCGCGGCCGGCGAGCUGGUCGCCGCAGACAAGGACGCCAAACUCAAAGACAUCAGCUGAGACCGCUCGUAAACCGCCGACGAGUAGCAUCGCGAACCUCAUUGCGGGAGUCCCAAGGUCCGCGUCGCGUCCCACCGCCGGGAAGGCGGGAGCGGGUUCGGCCGGGUCCGCCUGGCGCCGCCGCGGAGCCCGCGGAGCGCUCCAGAUCUGCGCCGUUAGGGCGGACGGUCACGAGAUAUCGCACUACUUGGCGAGUCUGUGCUGCACGGCCAAGCCUUAUUCCCUCGCCGCCGCGGCCCCCGCCGAGCGGCUCAAUCAUGAUCUUAGCUCGUCCCGACUGUGAUAGGUCCAAGUUCCCCACAGAUCGACUCCGGUCCUUCUCAGGCUGUGCGUUAUUAUGUGUGUGUGUGUGUGUUCUAGUCGCUAGUGUUAAGAACUCUAAUCGUAUGGUGUGUAAGUCUGCUCGUAGUGAUGUUAUUUUUGCUGUGGUUUCACUGCUGAUAAUAAAAGAAUAUCACGUUGUUGUU